GGACUCAUUUCUCUCUCUCUCUCUCUUACUUUAUAUUGGCCAUUUGUACUUACUUAGCCUUUCUUUAUCUCUCUAAAAUGCUAGUGGUUCUCCUCUACCCUUACCAUUUCUUGAGCUCAAACUUGUUUGGUGGGAGGAACAUGUUAGCAGCUUAAACAAAAGGGUAAAAUUUGUACUACAAGCAUUUGGAGAGAGAGAGAGAGAGAGAGAGAGAAAGAGAGAGAUGGACAGUGAAACAAACCAAGAAAACCCAUCCCUCCCCCCAAACAAUUAUACCACCACAACCACCAAGGAAUUAGAGUCUCCUCCGAGAUCAAAACCUCCCCAACAGCCUCCUCUCGGCGGGAGCGGCGGUGACAGACUCAAAAGAGAUGAGUGGAGUGAAGGAGCAGUUUCUAGCCUACUUGAAGCUUAUGAGACCAAAUGGGUUCUCAGAAACAGAGCAAAGCUUAAAGGCCAUGACUGGGAAGAUGUGGCAAGACACGUGUCGUCACGUGCCAACUGUACCAAGUCCCCAAAGACGCAAACUCAGUGCAAGAACAAGAUUGAGUCCAUGAAGAAACGGUAUCGUUCUGAGUCCGCCGCUGGUGAUGGUUCUUCUUGGCCUCUGUAUCCUAGGCUUGAUCUUUUGUUACGUGGCAGUGGGACGUCCCCAACCGCGGCGGCAGCAGCUGCUGCUGCUGUUGCUGCAACUGUACCGCCCCCGCCACUGCCACCACUACAGCUGCUUCAUACACUGCCUCAGAACGAUCAUCCCUUGAUGCUAUUGGAGCCUUCAGCACCGCCGCCACUACCGCCGCCACCACAACCUCCUGCUCCUCCGCCACUUAUGGGGACUGCCCAGAAUUCAUUUGGAUCCAAUGGUGCUGAUCAUAGGGUGGCCAAGGAAGAUGCAGUGGGGAUGAAAUUGUCAGACCAUGCAUCGGACAAGAACCCUUUGGAGGUAGACAGUAGCACACCAGCUCUCUACAGUGACAAGGAACAAUUAAGGUCCAAAAGAAUGAAGAGGAAAAUGGAGAAAAAGAAGCGGCGAAGGCGGGAGGAAGUAGACGUAGCUGAGAGCAUAAGAUGGCUAGCAGAAGUUGUGGUAAGAUCAGAACAAGCAAGAAUGGACUCAAUGAGGGAGAUAGAGAGGAUGAGAGUCGAGGCAGAGGCGAAGCGAGGAGAAAUGGAUCUCAAGCGUACCGAAAUCAUUGCGAACACGCAGUUGGAGAUUGCAAGGUUGUUUGCAGCUGGUGGUGGCAAGGGGGUUGAUUCUUCAUUGAGAAUUGGAAGAAGUUGACGGAGGGAAAAGUUGAAACUUUGAGAGUGACAUAAAUGUACAGAAUUUAUGUAGCAUUGGAUAUUGAGAGAAAAGAAGGAAAGGAGAACUUUUGGAAGCAAAGGUAAGGGAGAUCGACUAAUUUUUUACCUCAUUGUAAUCUACAUGUUCUCUCUUUCAGCCAGCAAUAUCAGUGCUUAGACCUACAGAGUAUUAUUUACUUAAGUUUUCCCAAAUAUUGUUAUUCACCUCACAAUAAAUAAGUAAAUUUGGGCAUAUUUGAUGA